GAGAGAGGGAGGCGCGGCGGCGGCGUUGGCGUUGGGGUCGGAAGAAGAGCCGAAGCCGGGGAGCGGAGGGAGGGAGGGAGGCGCCAUGGGCCGCAGCAGGAGCAUCAGCAGCCUCAGGCGGAGGACCCCGGAGGCCCGAAUUUAAGGAUAUUUUCAGACCAUGGUUUGACCAAAACACAUCUGCAGAACAACUUACAAAAUUAAGAACUUGCUAUCACUGAUAAGAAACAGUUUAGAAGCAACCAGAAGGCUCUGUCUGGCUCUCAUGCUGGCUGCUCUCCACACAGUGUCAGCUAAUGAAGAAAUAACUGUUGUUCACCAGGACUCCUGGGGAGACUUCUGGCUGUUCCGUUUUUUGGUCAAUGCUGCUGGUUAUGCAAGCAUUGUGAUACCAGGUUUCUUGCUUAUACAAUACUUUAAGAGGAAGAACUACCUUGAAACAGGUCGUGGUAUUUGCUUUCCUGUAAUCAAAUCAUGUGUCUUUGGUAAUGAGGCCAAAUCAGCACUCCAAGAUGAUGUCUUGCUCACCACUCGGAAUGAGACAGUAGAAUCCUCCACAGCCCGGCAGGUUUUUAAACUGCUGUUUUGUGCAGCUGGCCUACAGAUGUCCUACCUGACAUGGGGUGUUCUCCAGGAACGUGUGAUGACCAGAACAUAUGGUGCGACUGAAUCGGACCCUGGAGAGAAGUUUAAGGACUCUCAGUUUCUGGUCUUCAUGAACCGAAUUCUAGCCUGCACUGUGGCUGGCCUCUACUGUGCCCUCAUUAAGCAGCCCCGGCAUGGUGCUCCCAUGUACAAGUAUUCCUUUGCCUCCCUUUCCAACAUUCUCAGCAGCUGGUGCCAAUAUGAAGCCCUCAAGUACAUCAGCUUCCCCACCCAGGUACUGGCCAAAGCCUCUAAGGUGAUUCCAGUUAUGCUGAUGGGCAAGCUAGUGUCCCGCAAGAGCUAUGAAUACUGGGAGUACCUGACGGCUGCCCUAAUUUCCGUAGGAGUCAGUAUGUUCUUGCUCACCAGCAGUCAUGACAAGCAUCUCUCCACUGUCACAACCUUCUCUGGUGUGGUCCUCUUGGGUGGCUACAUCGCUUUUGACAGCUUCACUUCCAACUGGCAGGACGCUCUAUUCACCUAUAAAAUGUCCUCAGUGCAAAUGAUGUUUGGAGUGAAUGUCUUUUCAUGCCUCUUCACUGUAGGCUCAUUGCUGGAGCAAGGUGCCUUACUGGAAUCGAUUCGCUUCAUGGCCCGCCAUUCGGAGUUUGCAGCCCAUGCUGUGCUUCUUUCGGUGUGCUCAGCCUUUGGGCAGCUCUUCAUCUUCUACACCAUCAACCAAUUUGGAGCAGCUGUCUUCACCAUCAUCAUGACUUUACGCCAAGCUUUUGCCAUCCUCCUCUCCUGCCUCAUCUACGGCCAUGCGGUCACUGUCAUGGGCGGGCUAGGAGUAGCUGUAGUCUUCAUAGCACUCUUCCUCCGUGUCUACGCCCGCAGUCGUAUGAAGAAACGAGCAAAGAAGCCACCCGUUGGUGAAAGCGCAGUGCAGAAGGUUUAGGGAUGGAGGGGCAAGGCACAAAUUCUCACCAGACCCAAAGCACUUGGUUAAACUCUCGUAAACCCAGCGAGGAGCUAUAAAGGGAGGAACUUUGACACCCCCAGCUGAUUCUUCUUUGAAAAAUGCUGUGGGGGUUGGCUUGAAAGAAGCAGGGGUGCUGUCUUAAUGUCUGAGCAUUUCUCUGCUAAGAAAGGAGUUAUUGAGAUCCCUUUCCCUAGGAAUGAGUGUUGGUGAGCCUCAUGCCUCCCAUGACUCAUCCUUUUGGAGCAAGAAAGCUACUUUAUGAUCAAGGCAAAUUGGACCUGUCUUGGGCGUUUGAUGCAGUUCCCCUUCUGCCUGCUACUUUGGAGCUGAAUAUAAGGGAACAGCAAGCAUAAAACUUCAGAAACUACCAUUUGAAUAAACACUCCCAAACUUCACAAUUGGAAGGGAAAGCUAGUAGUCAUUACAGCCCCAGCCCCAGCCCCUUCUAUAGAAAACCAGCAGGUUCUGAACUUAUCCUCCUGGUCUCAAGAUGGUCUUGCUAAAGAAUCGCCUUUUAAAAAUCAUAACUGCUGACUUUUUGGUUCUUCGUUCACAACUGUUUCUUUGACUCAUGGUUGAAACCUUUCGGACCAUGGACAUUCCCCAUUAUCAUUUGAUUCUUAUUUCUCCUGGUUUAUCUGUUGACCUCUCCUCUCACUGCCUUGAACUACAAUCCCAGAAUCCCUUGAAACCAUCUCAGGGUGCUUUUGGGGGGUUUGUUGCUGUGAGCAGUUUAGAAAAGCACAAAUAUUGCCUUUUUGAACCACCUCUCUGUAACCAGUGAAAGAUAUUUCACUGCUCUUCGCAAGGUGGUGUAGGAGAGGUUGUCCCCAAAGGGAGAAAUGCAUCCCAAAUACUUUCUCCUCCUUUCUAUCCUGGUAAUUUUCCGGUUGCUGGGAUGUCCUGAACUCACACUGGGAGCAAUAUUGUGCAACUUUGGGCUUAGGUGCCAUUUCCAGUAUGACUGGGACAACCUUUUCAAGUGAAGAAGGUGCUUCAGAAUCCCUUGGGAGUGUUCCAUAUCAUUCUGGGAGCAUACUUCCAUUUUAAAUAGUAAGCUGGCCAUGCUGAAACCUUUGGGAGUUCAGGGACGGCUGUGAACUCUACUGCUUCUAGUAGUUGCACAGCUCUGACCUUUGUUUCAUCCUCUUUUUGGACCAUAGCUCCAGGCUCUGGGGCAGGAGUGCUUCCCAGAGGCUGAUCUGAAUUGUCAUUUUCUCCAUAAGCGUCUGCUCUCAGACCUGGAUGCAGGAUUGGAACUGCAUUUGGAGAAAAGUCUGGCUUUUGCUCAUUUAAAACCUUUUAUUGUUAAACUGAUAUUGUGCAAGGGAAAUGUUUUGGUACUCUUGAAACACAAUUCUUAUUUUAUUAAAUUUAAAAGAUGCUA